UCAUGAUCACAACCCGUAGUUAAUAAUGUCACCGUCGCCCGUCUUCUGCUGCGAAGGGAGGAGGUCGCACGUGUUGGAGGGUCGUUCUUCUACGAGGAUGAAGGCUAGGCAUUUAGUGGCGGAUACAGCGGCGUUUGUCAAGAAUGUCCCGCUAUGGGAAUAUGGGGAGGAAAUCUGCAGCACACCAGAGGUGAUAGGAGAGAUACGUGAUAGACAUACAAAACAACACAUUCAAUCCCUACCAGUGAAAAUAGAACUGAAGCAGCCUAAACCAGAGUCCAUCAAAUUCAUUAACGAGUUCUCAAAAAAGACGGGAGAUUUUGCCAGUCUCUCACUCGCUGACAUCAAAGUACUCGCCCUCACAUAUGAAUUGGAAGUAGAAGCACAUGGAGGUUCAGAUCACUUGCGCUCUGAGCCUGAAAAGGCAGUCACUGAAUUUAGCAAGCCUAAGAAGAGUACAGAUGAUGCACUUAAAUUACCCGGAUUCUAUUACCCAUCAGAGCAGCAGUCUGAAGGAAAUGUGGGAAACUCCACUUCCUCUGUGUCUUCAGAAGAAAGUGGAACAGAUAAAGGAGAUGAAAGUACUCCACAGUAUUGCUCCCUCUCUCUCCACCCUAGUGUGUACACCAGCAAAGCCCCAGAUAUAUGCUGGCGACAUAUGAUAGGUCUAGAAAGCUUUCUUAAAGAUAAUAGCUAUAUACAAGGGUAUCUUCCAACAACUGAAGACUGGAAGCUCUAUACUACUCUUACAAAAGACUAUCCUCAGUUCUAUCCCAGUCACAAAGGCUUCAGGAAAUAUCAGAUUCCUUUUGCAAAGAAUGUGUGUCCUCUUCAGUCUACCUUCCCUCAUAUUUGGAGGUGGGCUUCACACAUAUCUACUUUUAGUGAGAAAGAGAGAGAAUUAUUUCCAACUGCUGAGAGAUCACUAGCAGACAUUCUUCGGGACUUUGGAGAAAGAGCGGAGAACAUGGAAGGAGAAGAAUGCCAACAGAUAAGAAGUCAGGUACCUCUAGACAUAGGAUCCCUUUCCAUUGAUGAAAAUGUUGAACAGUUAAACAGUGCUGGGGAGGAUGGUGACUCCGAUGAGGAGAAAGGAGAACAGGAACUGAAUGAACAAGAGGAAGAGGAGGAGGAAGAGUAUUUAUAUGAAGAAGUUUGUGAAGAUGAUGAAAGAAUAGAUUUAGAAAACCACAACGGGGAUGAAGAAUAUGAUGAAGACCAAAAUGAAGAAAUCAUUGGAGAUAAUGCAGAAGAAGGAGCUGGUGGUGAAGAUGAUGACGAUGAUGCUGGAGGAUGGAUUACUCUCUCUAAUGUCAAAAAACAUAAGAUGAAGAAAAUUGGAUUGAAGCCAGAGGAUGAAAUAGAAGAGAAGGAAGUCCUUGUUGCUUGCAUGACAGCUGAUUUUGCCAUGCAGAAUGUCCUGAAGCACAUAGGCUUGAGAGUGAUGGGAGUUGAUGGCAAACUGAUUCAGCAGGUCAGGACCUUCAUUCUGCGAUGCCAUGCAUGCUUCAAGACCACAAGCAUCAUGAACAGAACAUUUUGCCCAAAGUGUGGUAAUAAAACUCUAAAGAAAGUAUCGGUGACAUUGAACCCCGAUGGCACAAAGAAGAUUUGGGUCAACACCAAGAAACCAAUCAACAUUAAAGGAACAAAGUUCUCCCUACCCAUGCCAAAAGGAGGCAAACAUGCAAGAAACCCUAUACUAGCUGCUGAUCAGAAAGAAGCAAAGAAAUAUGCGAGUAAACUUAGUUAUAAGAAGAUCAACCCACUCCAUGUUGAUUAUGAUACUUUAAAUUCACCGUUUGCUGUGCGUGAUGUUUACUCGCGUGCUUCACAACUAGGUUAUAUUGCUGGUAAGAAGAAUCAUCAGCUAUAUUGGGAAAAGAAGAAUCCUAAUGAAGGAAGAAGAACAACAGGAAAGAGAAAAAAGUAAUGGUAUAUGGUUGCUUGUAGUGUAAAUAUGGACAUGUAUAUUGCUACAACUAUUUACUAAGGAUUUAUUCAUAUACCCAUUGUUGCUGGCUUAAAGAAAAACAAUGACAGACAUCAAAGCCCAGUAAGGUCAUUAAUGGUAUUGUUUCAUAAGUAUUGAUGUGUACUAAUGUAUGUAAAUGAUUUUUUUUUUUUUUUCUAUUUUCCCAUCCCAUAUUUGUGCUGUUUGUGUUAUUGAGGAUACAUGACUUUGUGAAGUAGGUGAGAUCUAUAAGCAGUUGAAUUACACACAAGUGUGUAAUUUAUUUGAUCUGCCAAGAAAAUUAUUAUAUAUUUUCCAUAGAUUGUUAAUAAAUAAUAUAAUGGAAA